CAUUGAAUUUUAUGCUUUCAACUGCAUUUGCGACAUUUUAGGGUUUCGAACAUUGUUUUUGGUGGUGGUGGUGUUGUUGUUGUUCCAGCUCCAGUAUCCGUGUCGGAAUUGCGUGCGAAAUGCGGAGGCCAUGAUUUACCUGAAGGUCGCAGGGUGAUCGCGAGGUGAGCUUGGGCCACACUGCGCCAAGCGGAAUCUCUCCAGUGUCGAAGGUCUAGACUAGUUAUCCUGCUGGUGCUGGAUCGACAUUGCGGAUAUGAAUGCUUUGCAAGCAUACACCGGCUGAGCUUGGCAGCGAUGGCGCUCCAGUGGAUCCAGAAGCCUCUAUUAGCACAAUUUUCUAUUCAUUCUUCCCAUGCAUCCGCUGUACGCGAGCGCCUAUCUUCGCAAUCCGGUUUAGCGAAUUUCUCUUUUUCCCACAAACCAUGUAGCAUUCCUUUAACGCCGUCUGGGAGAUUGAGUGGGCGGGUUGGAAGGUCUAGGUUGAAAAUGGGGUUUGGGGAUUCGAAAUUGACGGAUCGUUCUUUCUCGUUGAAAUCCUCCACUCAUGAAGAGGCUGUACUGGAUCAAACAGACAGAAUGACUCUCAGGAAGCUUCUGAAUGAAGCGAGAGUGUCACCCCUUUCCACCGAGGGCGACCUAGACGUUGAAAUCACUGGAAUACAGCAAGAUUCACGGCUCGUUGCUCCUGGAGACUUGUUUGUAUGCGUGAAAGGGCUGAAGUCUGAUGGGCACCAGUUUGCUAUCCAAGCCAUCGAGAAAGGCGCUGUGGCAAUCAUUUCCCUCAUGGAAGUGUCACUAACUGAAGGGUUGAAGGCUGCUGUGAUUGUCGAGGAUACAAGCGUUAUACUCUCUGCACUCGCCGGUGUAAUUUACGGACAUCCUUCGAAGAAACUAUCUGUGGUAGGGAUCACAGGAACAAAUGGCAAGACCACUACUUCAUAUCUCCUCCAGAGUUUGUACGAAGCUAUGGGGUUGCAAGUAGGACUGCUAGGUACUAUACAGUAUUAUAUCGGCGGCAAGAAUAAGCUUGAGGCGGACCAUACGACACCUGAAGCUCUCAACUUACAGAAUCUCAUGGCCAGUAUGGUGCAGAAUGGAACUGAAGUGUGCAUUAUGGAGGUCUCCUCGCACGGCCUGGUUCUCGGGCGAUGUGAGGAUAUAGAAUUUGAUGUAGCGGUGUUCACUAAUCUUACCCGGGAUCAUAUGGAUUUCCACAAGACGGAGGAGGAGUAUAGAAGGGCGAAAGGUCUACUGUUUGCAAAAAUGGUUGAUCCCGAGCGGCAAAGAAAGGUUGUGAACAUUGAUGAUCCUAAUGUCUCAUACUUUGUAUCCCAAGGGAACCAAGAUGUUCCAGUUGUCACUUUUGGAAUGGGAGACAAGAGUGCAGAUGUGUACCCUCUUGCGGUGAAGCUGUCACUGGUUGAGUCCGAGGUUCUGGUGCGGACUCCCCAGGGGGAUGUUGAAAUUUCCUCGAGGCUGCUAGGGCGGCACAAUGUGUACAAUAUCCUCACUGCUGUCGCAGUUGGUAUUGCUGUUGGGGCGCCUUUAGAGGAUAUUGUUCGGGGUAUCGAAGCAGUGGAUGCUGUGCCAGGAAGGUGUGAACUGAUCGAUGAAGGCCAAACGUUUGCUGUGCUUGUCGACUAUGCACAUACCCCUGAUGCUGUCGCUAGGCUGUUGGACACCGUCCGAGAAUGUGGUCCAAAGAGGAUCAUCACAGUGCUGGGAUGUGGGGGCGAUCGAGAUAAAGGCAAACGGCCAAUUAUGGCCAAGAUUGCUGCAGAUAAGAGCGAUGUAUGUAUCAUCACAUCUGAUAACCCGAGAACUGAAAAACCAUUGGAUAUUAUAGAUGAUAUGUUAGCUGGUGUGGGGUGGUCUAUGGAACAAUACUGCAAGUGGGAAGAGGACAGUUCUUAUCCACUUCUUCCGAAUGGUCACAGACUUUUUUGUCAAGAAAUCCGUUCAAAAGCAAUCCGUGCUGCUGUGGCCAUGGCAGAAGAAGGUGAUGCAGUGGUGAUAGCUGGGAAAGGUCAUGAGACUUAUCAAAUAAUAGGAGAGAUCAAAGGGCACUUUGAUGAUCGAGAGGAAUGUCGGGAGGCUUUGCGACUUAGAAAAUGAUCUACGCGCUGCUGAGGUUGACUCUGGUUUACAUGAAGGACUCCUGAAAGCUACUGAGAAACUAUUAGAGUUUCGGUACAAUGUCCCGCAUUCAGAAGCUGUUGUAGGGCACAAAUAAAUCACCUUUUUCGGUGGAUGGUUUCACCCCACUGAGCGGAUUCAAAUAGUUCCUCCAUAUGAUUAAAGCCGUCUUUUAUCUACACUCUAUUGCUCGUCAGUAACCAUUUCGUAGAGCUUGGAGACAUGCUUUACAUGGUUGGUCUGCUGCCGUGUUCUACCAUUCUGUCCGUGGAGGUGAAUAUUAGUUUAGUUAAGCUGUUUUGGAAGAAGUGUUUACUGUCGGGUUCCAAGAUAGAAUGUAUCUGCAGUUUGAUUGGCGCAUUCCACCUCGGCAGACAUGCAACUAGCGUGAAACAGUUUGAAUGUAAACUUGGUGAAUAGUAAUCUUUCGUUCUUGUUACUUGCGAUUCAUCCAU